AUGGCCCCACUUGAGAAUGUCGUCUUUCGCAUCCCUCGCUUUGCGCCCUCUGGAGCUUCUCUUAACAAGCACAUCAAAGAUCAAUUUUGCAUCCUUGAAGCUCUCCGACCCGUCAAAAUCAAGGCCCCUCGGAUACUCGCGUACGACUGUACUUCAGACAACACUCUUGGCAUGCCAUUUUCGUUGCAGACUCGCCUUGAGGGCCAGAGAUUAGAUCUCGUCUAUCAGGAUUUGGAUCUCGCCGAGAGACUCGGUAUAGCAAGCGACCUCGUCGAUGUCUUGUCAUCACUCGACGGUGUCAAGCUUCAGAGGUCAGGGAGGCUUUGCAGCCCGGAAGAUGUACCUCCUCGGAAGGCUCUUGGAGACAUGAACGAUCUGAGUCUCGCAGAUGGUCCCACGGUUCAGGGAUUUGGCGUCGGCAUUGGUGAAAGAACAGCGACGGUGGCUGCUGUAUCACUGCAAGAGUCUCUAAGCACGCAGUUGGGCGCUUGGCUGCAGCAUGAGGGCUCAGACGUCGCCAAGUCUUUUGUGGUCGACAUGUUCAGGCGACUGGAAGAGAUUUGCACAGAGAUGACAGAGCUGGGUUUUUUCGAGGAGCGCAAGUCCCUGGCAUCUAAUAUACUCUAUCACUGGGACCUGGAACCGCGUAACAUCAUUGUUGGACCGGCGCCGACCGAUCGCACCCUAGACAACUCGGAGAAACAAGCGUUACGGAUUGCCGGUGUACUUGACUGGGACGAUGCUCUGAGCGUUCCACCCGUUCUAGCAUGCAAACCUCCAGUGUGGCUGUGGGAUUUCUCACACAACGAAGAUCUGCCCCCAAAUAUCCUCGCAGACUAUGACGGGGACGUCGACCUUCUGCCACUUGGACUUUACGAUGUGAAAAGCGAUCGCGUUUCGGAUCAAAGUCUGCAGGUGAGACAAUUCUUCGAGACAACCUUCACAGAACGUCUCUACGGUGACUCUAGCCUUGUGAGUCGAGAAACCUAUCAUGACGAUGCAUACGGAAGGGGUAGAUGGCUCCGACGCCUGUGGAGAUUCGCUCUUGACGGUUUCAGCGAUAACAUGCAUGUGGAACGAUUCCAAAACUUCGACGAAGCUUGGUCAGAGUACAGGAAGACUCAAUCUGGCGUCUGAGGAACACCACUUCUCAUUCCUCCUCGGUCGGUCUUGUUCUUCAUGAGUCGAGCGAAUGCCUCCCGAGCACGCACACAUCAUUCUCAUCAUUCUCGAC